GAAGAUGGGGCAGGAGGAGCUGAAGCUGGAGCGGGCACGGGACAGUAGCGAGGGCUGCUACUUCGAUGGGGACAAGACGUGGCGAGGCUCUGGCACCCGCUGGCACCCCGUCGUGCCCCCCUUUGGCCUCAUCAAAUGUGCCAUUUGCACCUGCAAGGGCACCACAGGCGAAGUGCACUGCGAGAAGGUGCAGUGCCCGCGGCUCACCUGUGCCAACCCCGUGCGCGCCAGCCCCUCCGACUGCUGCAAGCAGUGCCCAGCCCCAGAGAAGAGUGUCCCUGAGCUGGCUGACACCAUGCAGGCAGAUGGGCCACGGGCGUGCCGCUUUGGGCGCCGCUGGUACCUCAACAAUGAGAGCUGGCACCCCUCCGUGCCCCCCUUUGGUGAAAUGAAGUGUAUCCUGUGCUGGUGUGUGUCAGGGGAGACCCACUGCCAGCGCCAGGAGUGCCCACCGGCCGCCUGCACCAGCCCCACCAGGAGAGACAACCCCUGCUGCACCAAGUGCCGUG